AUGGAGAUCGAGCUCGCUUAUGGUGAAUCUCGCGGAUACUGGAAACAUUAUUCACCCGGGAAGUGGUUCAAACAAGCGAAAGCCGUUGGCAAGAUCAACAACGUAAAAGCUACUCUGUUAUUUGAUUCUGGUGCUGAAGUGUCGAUCAUUGACACCACCUUUGCUCGUGAGGUCGGUUGCAAUAUUGACGAAAGUCAACGACAAGAAUGUAUCGGGAUUGGAGAAACUCCGUACAUGACGGUAGGACGUACCAAGAUCAAGGUGACCCUCGCGGGAUCGCUGGUAUACUAUUUCAAUGUAUGGGUAGGCGAUCUGGCAGGGCAAGAAGCGAUUCUGGGUAUGGAUUUUAUGGUGCCUGCUGGAGUGCGGCUCGAUCUAGCGGAUGGCGCGCUAUGUCUACCAGAAGAAAUCCGCAUUCAUCUCGCAGGACGUCGCCCCGCGUACGGAUCGAAGAUACAACAUAUAACGGCGAAGGACCAACACGUGGUGAUCCCGGUCGGAGAGUCAAGGGAAGUGAAGAUCGGGAUCGGAGGGGCUAAGAUGAAGUUGUGGGUCGCUAGAGGACUAGAUUGGGUCCCCACUGUGAUCUCGGGGUGGGGCAUGUGGGUCGAAGGCGAUAUGGUACCGCGGACCCAAGGUUUGGUGACAGUCGGGUCGGGGAAGUACAAGGAAUGGCAAACUCUGGCAUAUGAGGCUACAACGGAUCGAGUGAACGAACUCCCGAAAGAACCGAUCGGACCAUUGGUAGAUCGUCCUACGUAUGCCGCUCCCAAACGCAUCUUGAAACGUCCGUCUGAUGCGUUACAGAACCUGUCUCCGGCGAUCUCCACGGUAACGUCGCAAGCUAACGAUGACGAUUCGCAAAAGGCAGAUGCUGUAGUUGCGAGGGAAGUAACGGUCAGGGGAGCCGAACUAUCGCGGAUGGAGAACGGUCAUGAGAUCGGUACCCAACAUGCAACGAAGGGAGACCGCGACACCGGUCAAGAAGGGCUACGUGACAGAUCGUCUCUACCGAAGGCUGAGCCGACUGACCGACUGUUGAAAUUGGGCCAGCCGGAAGAGACGAAGGAGCCUAAAGAAGAAAUAAUGCUAAAUACUGAAGACGUCGAGAUUGCAGAAAUACCAGUUUAUCACCACGAGAGCGGAGAUUUGUUUGCGGAAGAUAUCGAGCAGCAUAUGGCCGUGCUACCAGAGAUGUCGGCGACUACGGAAGAAGUUACGAUUGAGGACAUUCAGAUCGGUGAUCCCGAUGUGCCUCUCACCACAGAUCAACAACGGCUCAGAUCGCUGAUCUGGAAGAGCCGUCACCUCCUCAUGGGUAAAGGUAAUGCUCUACCACCCGCAGCACGAGGCGCGAUCUGUGAUAUUGAUGUCGGUGGGGCAGCACCGAUAGCGCAAAAAGUGCGUCCGGUCGCACCCAAAUAUCGGGAGAAGCUGUCAGAUCUCAUCAAAGGACUAUUAGCAGCCAAAAUCGUUCAGCCAUCCACGUCACCUUGGGCGUCUCCGAUAGUGGUGAUCAUCAAGAAGAACGGAGUGGAUAUUCGCCUUUGCAUUGAUUAUCGAAGAGUUAACCAGCUGACGCGUCUGAUGGUUUAUCCCAUGCCGUUGAUCAGCGAUCUGUUGGAAGAUCUGGAUAAAGCUCUAUGGUACUGUUCGCUAGACAUGGCUAGUGGAUUUUGGGUCGUCGAAAUGACCGAACGAGCAAAACUGAUCUCAGCGUUUGUCACACCGUUUGGCUUGUUCGAGUGGCUGCGAAUGCCUUUUGGGCUUAAGAACGCGCCCCAGAUCUACCAACGUCUGGUGGACAAUGCGUUGUAUGGAUAUCUCAAGAUCGGCCAGAGAUCAGCUUCUGAUGGCCCGAUCGACGUGUUCAAAGAUGGAGAACCUGAGACAGAUCGACGACCGUCUAUACUGGGACGCCGAUCUUACAUUGACGAUAUUCUCAUACCAGCCGCGUCAUGGGGAUCUUUGUACACAAAAGUCGAUUAUUUGGGACAUCGAGUGUCGAUGGAUGGUCUGGAGGCUCAGCCCAAGAACCUAGAGUCGUUGGUUAACAUCCCGUUUCCUAGCACGCUACGAGCUAUGCAAUCCUUUCUCGGGAGCUUGAACUACUACCGUCGCUUCAUUGAGGAUUUCGCGGUGUAUGCCGCGGUGUUGUAUGAGUUAAGAGAAUCGGAUUUCUUCGAGAUCGGCCGAUCUCAGCUUGCAGCAGGAGACGAAUGCUCCAACGAGGGUCGAUGGACGGAAGCCAAGGUUGCUUUCACUAUGCUAAAAGCUAAGAUAGCUACAGCUCCCAUGCUCAAGCAUUUCGACCCAGAUCGGUCCCCCGUAAUCGUGGUCUACGCUAGCAAGUGGGCUGUCUCAGCGGCCCUGAUACAGGAGUACGAUGGCGUGUACCAUCCGGUGACGUUUACUAGCCGCACUUUAAAGCCUAAUGAGCUUAACUACGGAAUGGUAGAAAAAGAAGUGCUGGCGCUACUUCGUGUGUUGGAUGUAUGCUAUACUACGCUUGCCUCGCGGGAGAUCACUGUACUGACCCGACAUUCUACGUUAGCCUGGUUGAUGCAGUCUCGAGGGCUCAACGGGAGAUUAGGACGGUGGGCUGCUUUGUUGUCAAAUUGGACUAUGGAGGUGAAGAAAUGUGAAAGAGGAGAGGAAGAAAUCCUGGGCAUGUUAGCAGCGAGUAUCACUCCGAGAGGAGAGGUGGAAGAGAUGCUGAUUGCGAUCUCCCCACGAAAAGACUGUCGACUCAAAAUAUCGAUGCCUCCUCCAACGGUGGAAACAGAUGAGGAGUUGCUGGUAGCCAGUUUCGAUGGAUCGGCUAGGAUAAAAAAGAAAGGAGGGUCGUUCAGUGCCGUGAUAUGGAAGUUACCCGAAUGGACGAUCGUGGCGGCCGAAUCGAGAUAUGUUCACGAUCUGACUGUGAAUGAAGCUGAGUAUAAUGGCUUGCUACUGUGCUUUGAGUUACUCGCCGGUCUGGAUAGGGGGCGAGUAAUACUGUGUGGAGAUUCCAGUCUGGUGAUUCGACAGAUGCGCGGUGAGAUCGACUGCAAGGCACCGGGCCUUCAGCUUCUGAGACACAAAGCGUUGGAGAAGCUGCAGUCAUGGCCUAGUCACGAGUUUCUGCAUAUGAAGCGAGAGUGGAAUCAGAGCGCAGAUCGACUAGCCAGCACAGCAUUGCAGAGCGAAAAGGGAAGAACGGUUGUAGCUGAAGAGGAUCGGCAAGAUCUGAUGACUCUGAACCGUCUCGAUGAAUUGUUGAAGCCCAAGCAAGAUGGUCAGCUAGCUCGGGUAACUGCGAUCGCGAGAUCAGCCAGGAGGAUACGUCAUGAACCUGAAGUGAUACAGGAGGAGAUAGUACAGAGGAUCAGGAUUCAACGAAUUGUCCAAGCUCAAGAUGAAGAGCGUUGGAUUGUCAAUCUCAAGACAUAUCUAAGUGGCGAUGUAUCAAACUUGGAUGCGGUAGAAGUGAAGACGUGCGCCAAACUGGCGCCGGAUUACGAGAUCGAUGAGAACAAUCUGCUAUUUUUUUUGCCCCAUGGCGAAAAGAGAGUCGGAAGAUCGCGAUGGUUUGAUGCGGUUGGUGAUCCCUGA